AUGGCAGCGGAAAUUUUGGCGGAAAAGAUCGAAGAUGGCGAGCUAGAAAUUAAAAACAAGACUGAUGAUAAGAAGUACGUGUGGAUCCCUUUCGACCAUAUCGAAAACCUGGUUCAAGACGAAGCCAAUAUUAGAGCGGUGCUCGAGAAGCAACCAAAAGGGACAUCUUCAGUUGAUGACAUGACAAGUUUCGUCUUGGGAAGAGCUAAGCGGCUUUUUGCUAUGCUUGUUCGUUAUGAUAAAUUGCAUUGGCUGAAACUGUUUUACGAAAACAAGUUCGCAGACGACCAAUUCCCUAUCGAGAGGAUAUCGUUAGAAGAUCAAAGCCGUGAUGACGUUACAUCAAACUGCAAAUGGGCGAUCCGGUCAAUAAAUCACCCAGAAAACGAGGUUCCAUUCCCAGCCAAAGCAAAAAAAGACGAUAUAGAUUAUCUUUGCGAUCAAUAUCAAUGGAGGUUCUUUGUUCCAGUUUUUAUCGAAGACGACGGACCUGUCUAUAGUUUCAACCCUUCGCUUCGUUUUCCAUUUCUCAAGGAAAUAGACACUGGCGUGGAGAGCAACUUCAGUGUCGUGAGGCAUUAUGUCAUUCAUCGUAGACAUAUCAAACUCGAAGACAAUCGAAUUGCGUGGGCUAAGGAUAACGAUGGGAAUCCUCACGUUGCUGUGAAGAAAUUAAUCCUCACAUGGAGCGAAACAGCAGGCAAAUCUAAAAAGAUUGCCCUGAAUGAAUCCGAUGUGUUGCAUAGGUUCAAACAACGCAAACACCGACAUUUAAUUAGAGUAAUCGCGUGCUACCGCCAAGGCAGCGAUUAUUUCUUCAUGUUUCCCUGGGCUGUAGGGGGGGACUUGCGUAACUUUUGGAAUAAUUACGAUAUUUUGGCUGAAGAAUCACUUAACUUCAGCUCCACAGAUUGGGAACUAUACAUCGAAUGGUUUCUGCGACAACUGAAAGGUCUCGCCGAGGCCAUCAAGACCCUUCACUAUUCUGAAGAUAAACCAGGAGAAAAUUGCCGUCAUGGUGACCUCAAGCCCGAGAACAUUCUUUGUUUCGGCAAUCGAUUACCCGCUAGAGGUGAAAUGCCGACAGAUUUUACUCUUGUUAUCACUGACGCGGGCCUUGCCAAGGUUCAUGAAAAGGAAACGCAAGCCCGAAUUGAGCCUACAACAACGCAAGGGGGCACACAAAGAUAUGCAGCUCCUGAAGUUGUGAUAGACAAGAAGCAUGCGAGAUCGAGACUGUAUGAUAUAUGGUCCCUUGGAGUCUUAUAUCUGGAGUUUCUUAUCUGGAUCUUGUUUGGAAAAGACGGCCUUAAGAAUUUCCAUGAAGCCACCGCUGAAGACUACUGCUUCGAUACUAACCCUGACCCUCAAGUCAAACCUAUCGUCACAGAAUGGAUCCAAGCCGUCAAAGGUCAUCCCAUAUGUUCAUCUUCGGGACACACUGCUCUUAGCCGUCUCAUCAGCCUUAUCGAAGAUCGAUUGCUAGUGGUUGCUUAUUCUAACAUACAGGGUCAAUCCCCCGAUGCUGAAGUGGAAUCUCAAAGAGCGAAAAGUUCCAAUAACGAGUCAUUUCAGAUAGUAGUGACUCGACCAACUUUCCCCUUGUCGGAUAAUAAGCCCAUACGAGAUGAUAAGCCCAUACGAGCAGAUGCUGAAGAUACAUUAAAGGAGCUGGAAAAGAUCUACCAUGCAGCAAUGGACCAAAAGUCACUGCCGUGGAUCAACUGGGAUGGAAUGGCACAAACAGCGAAGCAAGGGCCAAAAACUGUUUCAAAUCUCGAGCCCCGCCUCCGAAGGCCUUCGGUUUCCAAGUACGACGCUACACCAAGGGGUAUUGACCAGAACUCGACCGUAUAG